AUGACGGACUCUGACCACCACGAUCAUGAGCAACGAUCGCUCACCCUUCUAUACGCCACAGAGACUGGUACUGCACAAGAGGUCGCGGACCGGAUAGCUCGACACUGUCGACAUGCCGGCUUCAAAUGCCGAAUCUACAACGUCGAGGACUACCCUAGUGAGGACAUCGUAGACGAACAUCUCAUCAUAUUUGUGAUUGCUACCGCGGGAACCGGCAAGGAGCCCCGUACCAUGACUCCGCUCUGGUCGCUGCUUCUUCGUGCCGACUUGCCGCACGACCUCCUCGAAGAUCUGCACUACGCUGUGUUCGGGCUCGGCGAUUCUGCAUACGAGCGGUUCUGCUGGCCCGCGAAGAGGCUUGAUAGGCGGCUUGAGGCACUAGGUGCGACGUCAAUCUGUGAGCGCGGAGAGGGCGACUCGCAACACGAACUCGGGACAGACGGUGCCUUGGAUCCCUGGAUAACGCAACUCACUAGACGGUUGUUGGAACUUUACCCUCCCUCCGCGGGCUCAAGCUUGGAACCUAUACCUCAGCUGUGGCCCGCUCGCGCGACCCUUACCAAAGCUACAAGCGAGGAGCUGACGCGGACGCGAGAUCCCUUACUUGACACUCCAAGCUACUGGGGUUUCAUGCUCGAGGAGAACAAACGUAUAACUGCACCCGACUGGUACCAAGACGUCCGACACUUCGAGUUCGCUACAGAUGCCGACCUUGAGUAUGAACCGGGAGACGUGGCGGUCAUCCAUCCCGAGGCGCCUUCGGAUGAUGUCGAGUCUGUUCUGCAGUCCCAGGGUUGGGAAGGGAUCGCAGACGAUCCGCUGAGAGUAGAUCACGUUCACCAAGACCAACAACUACCUGCAUACCUUCCGGUUACCACCACAUUACGCACCAUCCUUACGCGUUACGUGGACAUCACGGCUGUCCCCAAACGCAGUUUCUUCGCAGUUCUAAGGAACUUCACAUCCGACGACCGAGAAAGGGAGAAGAUGGACGAGUUCAUCACGACUAAAGAGGGCGCCGAGGACCUGUACGAGUACACAUCCAAAGUCCGGCGCACAAUUGUCGAGGUCUUAGAAGAGUUUCGCAACGUCAAGAUACCUUUGGCCUAUGUCUUCGACGUGUUUCCACCCCUUCGGCCGCGCGAAUUCAGCAUAGCAAGCUCCGUCGCGCGACAUCCGCGGAAGCUUCAGUUAUGUAUAGCCAUCGUGAACUACCGUACGAAGCUACGGCGGCCAAGACGAGGAAUCGCGACCACGUAUCUGUCUAAUCUUGAGCCAGGCUCAACUUUGCGCAUCGGGAUCAGGAAGGGGCUACUCGCCUUACCUUCAGAUCCCUCUGUUCCUGUGAUCUGCGUCGGUCCCGGCACGGGAAUCGCACCCAUGCGCUCGCUGCUUGAGACCAGGAUACUGGACGGCAGUCGUAAUAACACGCUGUACUUUGGUUGCAGAUCCGCGAAUAAGGACCAGCACUACGCAGAAGAGUGGAAACGCUACAUCGACGAACAGAGUCUGACAUACCGGACUGCGUUCUCACGAGAUGGCGACGAAGGUCAUCGGCGCGUGUACGUGCAGAAUCUCGUAGAAGAGGACAGUAAGCAAGUUUGGGAGGCGAUAGGGAAGCGUGACGGCUGGGUUUAUAUCUCUGGCUCGUCUAAUAAGAUGCCGGCCGCUGUGCGUCGGGCCCUCGCGCACGCUGCGCAUGUUGAGGGCGGCCUAGAUAAGCACGCGGCGACUGCCUACGUGAACCGGAUGGAGAGGGAGGGCAGACUGUACGAGGAGUGCUGGAGCUGA